CUAUCCAUUUGCCAAAUUAUUAAGGGCCUUAAUUAAACUAUCCAAAUAACCCUUGUUUAUUAUUAUUAUUAUUAUUAUUAUUAUUUUAAUUGUUUUGGCCCGGCCUUUAAUUUUCUUCUCCUCCAUCAAUCUGUUUUGUUGAAAACUUGAAAUUAUAUAUUAAGCUUAUAAGAACCUUAGAACCAAACCAAAAUCUUCCUUUUCACGUUUUGUUUGCUUGCUCUUUAGGUCUCUCUUCUGUUAGAGAGUGAAAAGCACAUGAAUUAAAAAAAAAUAAAAAAAGCUUUAUUAUUGUUAACUCUCCUCAAGAAUAAGCACACACCACUUUCACCAUUCCAAGUAUAGCUAGCAAAGAUCAUGAGUCACAGAAAGGUUUAUUCACAAGGAAGCAUACCCUUCUCGUGGGAAGACAAGCCAGGGAUCUCAAAGGUAGCCACUCAAGCUGAUCUAAACCCUAGAGAUUAUAGGGUAAAAGCUCUAGACUUGACAUCAUCAGCAUCUUCAAUCUCCAUUGACGACCCAUCCUCAGCUUAUAGUGAUCUAAAGCUGAAGAUUCCUCUGCCUCCAUGCCCAAAAUCUCAGCCACCAAGCAGGAGUAACUCUGCCAAGGGACUAAAAUGGCAAGAGGAUCCAUUUCUUCUGGCUUACAAAGAGUGCACCAAACCUCAAAAAAAGGGUAAGCCAAGUACUGAUGAUAAACAAAGUAAAAAAGGCUCCAAACUAAGGAAAACCAUGUUUAUGUAUUUUUCUUGCAAGAAUUCUUGUGAAGUUAGGAAUGAAAAUUUUGUGCAGCUUCCUCAGCUUCCUGCUCUUCCUAAACACAAGCUUCAAAACGUUGUCAUGGAAAAUUGUCUAUGUUACACCAAUUUUUCCAAAGUUAAAAGAUGUGUUAGCAACUCGACAAGACACGUGUCUCAAAACACAUGUCACAUAUAGGAUGCUCCAGGGGAGGCCCAACCACUGAAAGGAUCCUCGCGUCACGCCACAUAUCGAGAAGUUUCUUGGGAUCCAGCUACUUGAACCCAAGGGACCAAUGAGCGAAGUUUCUCGAGUUCCAGCUACUCGAACUCCAGAGACCAACGAGCGUAAAGCACAAAAGAGUGGGACCCACAAUCAAAUUGGUAUUGCAAUGUGCGUGCCCACCUACUACAAAUGUAGUGGCUCGAUAUCAAUCCAGAUUGUCAGUCCAAAUCGUGCCUAUGGAGUAAUCGGAGGACGUCCAACUUCCUCUGGUCAUUUCUCAUAGAGCACAAUAUCACUUCUCACCCUAGAAAAGGUAAAUUAGGACAGUAAUCAAUCUAGGGACAGAUGCUUAACCCAACUUAAGGGCCUUUAGGCCAAGAAACUACCCUAUAUCAAUCAUGCCAAAUCCCCUUAAUUUGGCAUUUGGGCAUAAAAUUGUAUUUUAUUAUUGUUAAUCACCCAUUGUCGCUUAUAAAUAGAGCAUUGUGAGUCAUUUGUAAACACAAUAUUUUUUAAUGCAAGCUGAAAUUCUGUUUAUUUGUAA